AUGGACGUGGAGAGUAAAGAUUCAUUAUCAAGAAAAUCAAAUGAAUCUGUAGAAUCAUUUGAAGAGAAACCAAGUUUUGGCAGAAGAGUAAAAAAUGUUUUACUCUUGAAAGAGCUUUUUUCCAAGAACGAAGAAAGACCAACUCCGAAAGAAGUCUACAAUUUCAGAACUUAUGGUACGGCGUUCAUGACUUCAGCUGCAGCUAUUAUUAUUGGUUAUGAUUCAUCAUUCAUUGGAGGUGUUAUGGCUUUGGAUAGUUUCAAAUCAGAGUUUGGUUUAGAUGAAAUGACUCAAAGCCACGCUAGUUACGUAAUUUCUAACAUUAUAUCUUCAUUCCAUGCGGCUUGUUUCUUCGGGGCUUUGAUUUCAUAUCCCUUCUCUCAUUAUUAUGGGAGGAAAGUUACAUUGUUGAUUGCUUCUUUUAUGAUGACUGUAGGUUCAGCAAUUAUGUUGGCAGCUAGUAAUUCUGUUGGUUUAGGUCCAAUUUAUGCUGGUAGAGUACUUGGUGGCUUAGCCGUAGGAUUCUCAACUAAUGUUACGGUAAUCUACCUUAGUGAGAUUGGUCCUCCUUCUAUUAGAGGGAUGCUUGUGUCCAUGUAUGAACUUUGUUGGAGAAUUGGUGAUUUGAAUGGUUUUUGGAUUAACUAUGGGGUAGAUUCGAAUAUAGCACCUUCAAGAAAACAAUGGUUAAUUCCUUUCGCCAUUCAAUUGAUCCCCAGUGCUUUAUUCUUGAUAGGUAGUAUCUUAAUGAAAGAAAGUCCUCGUUGGCUCUUUAGUGUUGGUAGAGACGAGCAGGCUUUGAAAAACUUACUUUGGUUUAGAAGGUUACCUAGAGAUAGCGAAUAUAUCAUCUAUGAAGUUAAUCAGAUUAAAUUAAACAUAGAUUACCAAAGAACGCAUGUUGGUUUAGGCUUAUGGGAUCCUUUCAAACAAGUGUUUUUUAAAGACCGUAGAAUCUUGAAAAGAUUGUUUAUCACAGGAUGUAUUUUUGUAUUCCAAAGUUUCUUGGGUAUCCAAUCUAUUAAUUAUUAUUCCCCUAUUUUCUUUAGAAAUUUGGGAGUUAAAGGUACAAAUGCCACUUUGUUCUCAACUGGGAUCUUUGGUUUGGUAAAGUUUGUUUGUACAUUUAUUUAUAUUUUAUUCAUUGUGGAAAACUUAGGGAGAACCAAAGCUUUAAUGAUCUCCUCCACCAUAUGUGCAAUAUGUUUCUGGUAUAUCGGUACUUACUUGAAAUUAAACGACCCUUCAGAUCCUAGUUAUGUAGCUGAUGCUGGGGGUAGGGCUACCAUUGCCAUGAUGUACAUUUGGGUUGCCAGUUUCAUUAUGGCUUGGAGUUCAGCUCCAUUUGUUAUUGGUUCUGAGGUGUUUGAUCAGAAUAUUAGAUCUUUCGUCCAAGCUAUUAACGCUGCUAUAUGUUGGGUGCCAAUUUUCAUCUUAUCAAGAUACACUGCCAAUAUGGUGCAAGCUAUGGGAUAUGGAGUUUAUUACUUUUUUGCUAGUAUUACAGUUAUAUCUGUUCCUUUUGUUUUCUUUUUAGUUCCUGAAACCAAAGGUAUUGCCUUAGAGGAUAUGGAUAAGUUAUUCGAUAGAAGGAUUCCUGCCUACAAGGCCCAUAAGAUUGUAUUCGAAGCUAGACUUAGAGAAAACAAACAAAUAAUGAAUCAUGAGAUCAAAGACAUAAAUUCUAGGAAAUCCAACGAGAUCCAAAACAUUGAAUAUGCCUAG